GAAAGCGAGUUAAUCGAUUUCUGCAGUUAGCUAAAACCUACAACAAAAGUCAACAAAACAGAAAGUUGAGCAUUAAUCAUAAACUAUCAACUCGAAACACUAUUAUUUAUAUACAAAUAAAGCUUUGUUAGCAACUAAGGUAUAAUUGUAACAAACAUUCCAUGAAUUAGAAACAUAUUAGACAACAAAGAAACACCCACACACCGUAGAAAAGAUUCAUCAUGGACAUUUCAAAGGCACCAAAUCCCAGAAAACUGGAGCUUUGUCGCAAAUAUUUCUUUGCUGGUUUUGCCUUCCUGCCUUUCGUGUGGGCCAUCAACGUUUUUUGGUUCUUUCAGGAGGCUUUCCAUAAGCCGCCUUACCCAGAACAAAGCCAGAUCAAAAGAUUUGUCAUAUUCUCUGCAGUGGGAACCUUAUUUUGGCUAAUAGUACUGACUGCUUGGAUAGUGAUAUUCCAGACAAAUCGAACGGCUUGGGGCGCCACAGCCGACUAUAUGAGCUUUAUCAUUCCCCUAGGAAGUGCAUAACAAAGAAAACUAGAAAUAACUAACUUAUGAUAUUAAAAAAGACUUAUAACCAAUCAUAAAAAAAAGAUUCUUAUUAAUCCCCUUAAUUAUAAAUGCAUAUAAGGCAUGAUCAAUUAAAAACAACUAUUUGAUUUAA